AUGGCUGCGACUUCAUUCAAGCUCAACACCGGCAAAGAGAUUCCCUCUCUCGGUCUCGGAACCUGGCAAUCCAAGCCAGGCGAGGUCCAGACGGCCGUGUCAUAUGCGCUGCAGAAUGGGUACAGGCUCGUCGACUGCGCGUACUGCUACGGCAACGAGGCCGAAGUGGGCGAGGGCCUCAAAGAGGCGUUUGCGGCGGGCGUCGAGCGCAAAGACGUCUUCAUCAUGACCAAGGUCUGGGCAACGUACAAUACGCGCGUGCAAGAGUGUCUCGACAAGAGCCUCAAGGCGCUGGGCAUGGAUUACGUGGACAUGUACCUGAUUCACUGGCCUGUCCUGAUGAAUCCCAACGGCAACGACGACAAGUUCCCGACCCUGCCCGACGGUAGCCGCGACAUUCUCCGCGACUGGAAGCACACCGAAGCGUGGCCGCAGAUGGAAGCCCUCCUCGCGACGGACAAGGUCCGCGGCAUCGGCGUCAGCAAUUACAGCAAGAAAUACCUCGAGGAACUGCUCGCGAGCUGCACCGUCGUCCCGGCCGUCAAUCAGAUCGAAAACCACCCGAGCCUGCCGCAGCAGGAAAUCGUGGACCUCUGCCGCGCCCGCGGCAUCCACGUCGUUGCGUACAGCCCGCUCGGCAGCGCGGGCAGCCCGCUGCUCACGGCCGCGCCCGUUGUCGCGAUUGCGGAGAGGCGAGGCGUAAGCCCGGCGACGGUGCUACUGAGCUACCACGUUGCGCGCGGUGCUACGGUGCUGGCCAAGUCGGUGACGCCGGCGCGCAUCAAGGCGAAUGCGGAUAUUGUCAAGCUUGACGAGGAGGAUAUGGAGCAGCUGCGCAAGUACUCUGAAGACCUCGCAGCCAAGAAAGAGCUGAAACGCUACGUCUAUCCGCCUUUUGGUAUCGACUUUGGGUUUCCUGACAAGUCAUGA